UUGUGUUUGUCGAGCGGUCAGGUUGCUCGGCGGUCGGCAUCGCAAUCGCAGUUGCAGCUCCAGCUUGAAGUGUCCAGCGAUAAACCCGUCGUCGCGCAGUCGGAAAGCUUAAAAAACUGAGGCUUGGAGAGAGCGAGAAAGACAGGGAGUCGCAGCCUGAGCGGCGGGGGUGUGAGUGAGAGGGAAAGCAGCCGACGGCGACGCUUUUUCAAUGACGCGACAACAAAAACAAUUAACAAAAUUCGCGUACGAAAUCAAGCAACAACUACAAUUCGGCCUUCUCCGUAUUGGCAGCGGCCUAGCGCCGGCAAAAAUAACAAUAAAUCCCAAUUGUUUGUGAUUAAGUAAACAAAACAAGAUCGGCUAACAAAAAAAACUAAGUCAAAAAGGAGGGACGUCAACAAACAAUGACGGUCUCAUAUGCUGGUGAAGUGCCAAAUGGAAGCAGCUUCGGCUGCUUCUGGAAGAUCCUCUGGAAAUGGCGAGGAAGCGUUUACAAAUUGAUCUGGCGCGAAUUAGUUGCGUAUCUCUGUUUAUACUACACUAUAAAUGUUAUCUACAGAUUUGGUCUGACAGAAAGUCAGCAGGCCAUUUUUAAGAAAAUUCGCCUUUACUUCGGGCAGCAGAGUGAAAGUAUACCCAUGUCCUUUGUGCUGGGCUUCUAUGUAAAUCUGGUGGUGAAACGUUGGUGGGAGCAAUAUCGCCUUCUGCCCUGGCCAGAUACGUUGGCCCUGUUUAUAAGUGCUGCUAUACCCAAUUCAAAUGGCGGUGUGAAUAACGAAACGGGUCGCCUUAUGCGUCGUAAUAUCAUGCGCUAUAUGGUCUUGGCCUAUGUGAUCACCCUGCAGCGAAUUUCCCUUCGAGUAAAACGUCGCUUUCCCACCACCCAACAUCUUGUGGAUGCGGGUCUGAUGCACGAGUCCGAGAUGAAAAUCUUCGAGGCUCUGAACCAGAAGAGUCCCAUGUCCAAGUACUGGAUGCCCCUGGUCUGGGCCACCAACAUCAUAAAUCGAGCCAGAAAGGAUGGCCUAAUCGCCUCGGAUCAUAUUGUCCAAACUAUACUGGUGGAACUUUCGGAUAUACGUCGACGUUUGGGUGGUCUUAUUGGAUACGACACGGUCUGUGUUCCUCUGGUCUACACUCAGGUGGUAACCCUGGUGCUGUACACCUAUUUCAUAGCUGCCCUCUUGGGCCGACAAAUGUUGCCCAAUGUCCUGGAUAGAAACGGUCGCGAAGAUCCCGAUCUGUUCUUUCCCCUCUUCACCGUACUGCAGUUUGUCUUCUACGUGGGCUGGCUGAAAGUGGCCGAGGUGCUAAUCAAUCCCUUUGGCGAAGAUGACGAUGAUAUCGAGCUCAACUGGCUGAUUGACCGGCACAUCAAGGCUGCCUACAUGAUCGUGGACGAGAUGCACGAGGAGCACCCCGAGCUGCUGAGGGACCAGUACUGGGAGUGCGUGGUGCCCAAGGAUCUGCCCUACACGGUGGCCUCCGAGCAUUACCGGAAGGACGAGCCCAAGGGAUCCGCCGAGAAGUACAAGGUCAAGAAGGAGGACGCCAUGUACGCCAACAUAAUGCCCGGUGGCGGCAAGCGGAUGCUUAGCGACGAUGUCUACGCGGAUUAUGAGAGCGUGGACACCCCGAUGGUGGAGCGGCGAAAGAACAACUGGCUGGUACGUCAGCUCUCUCGAAUGGGUUCGAUGAGGAGUCAGUCCACGGCCUAUUCCUCCGGCGGAAUGCCCUUCAACAGGAACCGCCUCAACUCCGUGUAUUCUAGUCCCGAGUCCGGCUUGCCACUGACCAUUCUGCAGCAGCAGCAACUGCAGCAGGCGCAUCAGCAACAGCAGGCGGGAUCGCAGCCAAGUAAAUCGAGUCUCUACGGGAAAUUUGUGCACCGCAAGUCGAUCAGAGCACAACGCCAACUUAUUAAGCAGAACUCCAAGUUGAAUGGCUUAAAUGUGAAUGUGGCCAAGACGACCAGACCGCGGAUUCCCACGCCCGAGGUAACCAAGGAUGGCCAGACGAAUCCAGCCUCGAGCUCGGUCCUAAUGGCACCACCUCACCAGAUGAGCACCACCAGCGCACCACCACCGGGCAUGUACCCCUCCUCCUACGCACCCGACACCCUUCUGCACCAGGAGAGCGGCCAGGUGCUGGGCACGCUGCUGCUCUCGCCCAUCAAAGAGAUGGAUAGCUCAUCGUCCAAUAACACUCUGAUUCCAGGACACCCGGCCACCGCCGCCCUGGCAGCCAGCAUGAAGGAGGGCUUCGCAGCGAACAGUAUUCCUGCUGCCACCAACAUCACCACUCUGUCGUUCCCCUUCACCGUAACCAGUAGCGGUGGGGAAACGAUGCCCACUGGAACCCUGAGCAUCUUGCCCAUAACGGCCAACGCCCAGUUGCCCACGAUCACGACAACGGCCAGUGGCUAUGAUACCAACGAUGUGAUCACCACCAUACCGGUGUCCCUGUCCAUCCAGCGAUCCCCAUCCGCACUCUCCAUUGUGGAACUGACUGGGGCCGAUGUCCAGGAUGGAUAUAGCAACAGUGGUUCCAGCAAUGGAAAUGGUGGAAUCACCACCACGGCCCUGCUGUCCGUCAAACCGCUCAAUGGAAAUGCAAACAUUUCGCGGAACAACAGUUUCAACUUGAGCCUCAAUCUGCAGGAUCCACAGCAGCGAUCCUCGGUGAGAUCAGUUGGCCACACGGAUACGGUGGACAACUCGGCCACUAUGCCAAUGCCACAGAGGAGUGGCGGUCUGGAGACUGGAGGAGGAACUGGAGGAUCUUCGGCACCCUCGACGCUGGCGAAACACAAGCCGGAACAAAAAACCGGAGAGGUGUACGUCUGACAUUGAGAUCUUAUCCGUAAUAGAUCGGUAUAUAUUCCAUCGGAAUUCGAGCCACGUAAUUAGGUUUAAGACCCAAGGGCCUUGCGGUCACCCGGAACCACUAAAAUGAUAUUAUCAGUAGCAUAGAAAAGUUUGAUUAGUUCAAGGAUUUCCUCCUAGAAGCCUUUUAAUCACUUUUUGUAUCAGAUCAGGAAAUCUCAUACCGUGUAUUAUUUUCGUUCCGUUUUUCGGAAAUCAAAUUGGUAAAUUUUAAAUAAUAUAUUGAUCAAUUCGAAUUCCGAAAAUUGUAAUCUAUAUAUAAACGAUAUUAGACCCCAAAACUUCUUACUUUAUAAGUUCAGCUCAACAAAAUUCUAGUAAAUACAGAAAGUAUAUUACCAACCGAUUGUAACUGUAUAGAGUAUUGUAUAUAACUAGCAUAUUGAUUAGGAAAUUGACUUAUUGUUUUGGCACUUGCCAUAUUAGUUAAGCGUUUGAAUCUUUGCAUAACUUUAUGAAGAAUCUCUAUCUCGUGUAGGCAGUGUAAAUACUUGUAAACCAACACAGUAUGUGAUAUGCGAUUGUUAUCCAGCUAGAUUUUGUAUCUUUACAAGUACCGAUAGAUAAGUGCCUAAGUAUAUAUUUUGUAAUUAAAAUCCCCUGUAUGUGAAAUGUAGGAAAUCAAUGUGAAUCUAUGGCCUUUGUACAGAUGAAGAGGCAACUUCUUGUAGUUAUACUUUGAAAUAAAAUAAAUCACUUAACAAAGAA